AUGACAGACGCCGGAGCUUUCGAAAGAUAUCCUUCUUUAAGAUAUGGGCAAGGUCGCUACAACAAGGUGUCGGACGGCGAAGAUAACGAUGGUAACAUGGACGGUCUUGGCCUACAGGUCGACCGCUCAAAGACAUCUCCUGUGUCGCCUUUAUCGCCACAGUAUCCUCCAAGCACCGCUCAAAACACACCAGGAUUGAGUUCUGGGUUUCCUACGCCGGCUUUGCUGCACGCUGAAUCUUACAAUGGCUCCGAGAUCGAGCUGCUCAAGCCUGGGGAAACGCAGAUCAAUUGUCCAACGAACGGCGACAUCAUCAGCUGGUCAUGGGUGACGAUAUUUAUGUGUUUCCUGGCACUGUACUCUUUCUCUUUCUCGGGAGUCUUCCUAGGGAUUGCGCUGGCGAGGCCAAGGUGGGGUCGCAGGAUCGGAGGUGAUGGAAACUUAUCAUACAACACGGCGACUCUAUUGAGUGCGUUGUUCUCAAAAACAGUCGAAUUGGCCUUCGUCGCAGUGCUUGUCACUACUAUCGGACAGAUCCUUAGUCGUAGAGCGAUCGCACGAAGAUCUGGACAUCAUGGAAUCACGAUCGCGGAAAUUACCAUGCGGUCGUGGAUUUUACAGCCCGGUCUGAUCUUCACUCACGGAGAUGCAAUCAAGUAUGCCGGGCCAACUAUCCUCGGAGUCGUGGUUCUGAUUGCAACCUUGGCCGCCACUUUCUAUACGACAGCGGCCGAAGCCCUGGCUGCCCCGAAGCUCAAGUUUGGAGGCUGGGACAGUCACAAGCUGGUUGGGGUUGUUGAUACUGCGUUCGCCAAUGUCACUUUCCUGACAAAUUCUUGCAAUAUUCCCAUACCGGCUGUGGACGACCUGGAGGCGGGCAGAAGCUGCCUACAGGUAUCCUAUGCCGGCCAAUCGUAUCACAACUUCCAAUCCUUCAUGUCCAACUGGACUGCAGCUCUCGAAAAAGGACCUGGUAACAGCACGAUGUCUGGACGACCGAGGCCCGCCGCCAUGCUGUACGAUAACACAACAGUCAUAGGACAGUGGAUUACACCGAGCGGAGAGAACAUCACCAGCCAGUCAACUGAUCGUUUAAUUCAGAACGUGUCGAUGGCAAUGCCACACGCCAAUAUAUUCAAUGCGGCACGAAAUGCAGCGAACGGCAUUGCACAGCCUGGAGAGCUUGCAGGACAGGGCGAGUACUUCAUUGCUGGUGCCUUGCCGGCGCCAACUUUGAACGUUCUCUGCGCUGGCCUUUCUUCUGAGGAGAUAGAACCGUUCAUAUAUGAUCCUGAGGUCGAUGUUCCACCGCCCGAAUCGACUGGUCCGACGGCACUCGAUGAUUUAUUCAACUUCGGCAACUACACUCCAGGCGGUAGCAAGCAGCCUGCUCCGCUCUUCCCUCAUCUUCCGAUCAUUUACAACACGAUCAACAACAACUCGAACAUCUGGGGCCCGCCCGCGGUCUUCCUGCUAUCUACACCACCUCCAGAGGCCAAUCAAGACCACAUCCUUUGCUCGAUCAAGAUAACACAAUACCCUCAUUGUACCACAAGGUACCAUGCAGCAGAAUCCGGUGGAGAACUUUCGGCGCACUGCGAUGAUGAUGAAGAGAACACGCUGUCCUACUCGUCGAAGAAUACCGACGUCACCGAGGGCCACUACGAAUCAAAUUGGAAGGACAUCGGCAGCGAAUGGCUGCGGUCUAUUGCUCUGGGGCAGGGCAUCAACAACGACAACGCCUCCAUUGCACGGAUCAUCACCCAGAUGACUCCUCGAUUUGAGCCUGGCGAGACGGUGCUGGAUCCGAAUCGUCCAUCUAUAGCUGAGGCCCUGGCUGUACUCGCCGGCUCAACGACAGUUAUGUCUUCGAUCCAUGCUCCUUUCAUUCAAGCUGAGCGCGAUGUGGGUCCGCCGAAAGACGAGAGGUUCGAUGCUUUGGUAAAGUUCAAGGACUAUGCGUCAGGUGGUGUUGAAGAUUGGCAGAGCAUAUUCUAUGUCGUGCUCGUCGUCGUGUUUCUCAUCAACUGCUUCUGUAUGUACUACUUAUUCAAACACCUCUUCACCGACGGCCAGAUCACCGACUUCUGCGAGCCGCAGAAUUUGUUCGCAUUGGCAUUCAUGAGUCCGCCAAGCCAAAGCUUGAGUGGUAGCUGUGGGACAGGACCGACGGGGUCGGCGUUUGGGAAGCGCUUCACUGUCGAUAUGGAACAGGCGGCGAGCUCGUCCUCGCAUCCGCAUUUCUAUGUGCGCAGCACGGAUGAGAAGAGCCCUAUUGCUGCCACGGAGACGAGAGCUGGGCUGGCGGUCAGGUCGAGAGAUAGGUGGAAGAAGGUUAAAGGCUUGGGAGGGUGGAGAGUUAGUCGCGAGUCGCCUGCGCUGGAACAGUACCGCCGUCUAGCGGCGUGA